AUGGAGGGAGCCAACCAUCCCCCCUGGGAAGCUACCUUCUGGAAAAACUUCUUCAGCAAAAAGAGGUACCCCCAAAAUGGGUCGAGCCAAGGCAACUCCUCUGUGCACAUUAAACACUCCGGUACUCUACAACUGAAGAAUGUCCCCCUUAACAACUACGUCAUAGAUGGAGACCUCCUACUGGACUCGUUCCAUUGUGCCCAGUUAGGAAAAGAUGUGAUCAUCCAGAAGGGGAAGGAGACAUACAAGGGGUACUUUAAAGGUAGAAAUGUAGAUGGAUUUGGGAAAAUAAUUUCUCAACAGUUUGUGUACGAAGGGUAUAUUCGAAAUGGUGAGAAGUAUGGUCAAGGUAAAGGCACUCUCUUUUUGGGUCCUUCCGCUGAUGAUGCUCAAUCAAGUGUAGUGAUCUACAAGGGGGAUUGGAAAGGGAACAAACGUAACGGCUACGGAGUUCUGUUAAUAAGGAAGCAUGGGAAUCACCCCAGUGUGAGGACGUACGAAGGAUGGUGGAGACAAAACGAGAGGCACUUCUACGGUGUCCAACGCUAUGUCAAUGCCGUUUACUGUGGCUUCUGGGCGAGGGACAAAAGGAGCGGCUUGGGGAAAAUGUGGUGGUUUGCGAAAGGGAGGGGCGGCAGGGGAAGGGACCGCAAAGGGAGAGAUCGCAAAACGAGGGACCGCAAAUGCGAAAGCGCUGAACCACGCGAGGGCACCACCUCUGGGAAGUCUCCCCCCCCAAAAGCCAAAGCCAACGCACCCAAGAAGGUCAUACAAAACGUAUACGUGGGGGAAUGGCAAAACGAUGAGAUGCACGGGUACGGAACGUACUUCUGGUUCGUGAGACAUGGAAAUGGAAAUAGGAAGAGCGGCACAUGCCAGAGUGAUGUCUACGGUGAGGGUGAUGCCUACGAUAAGUAUGAUACCUACGAUGAGGGUGAUGCCUACGAUGAGGGUGAUGCCUACGAUGAGGGUGAUACCUACGAUAAGUAUGAAGGCUACUGGCAAAGGGGGGAAAGACAUGGGUUCGGAGUUUUCCAUCACAGAUGUGGAGAUACAUAUUGGGGUUCUUGGAAAAACAACAAAAAACAUGGACAAGGAUAUCUUUUAAAAAUAAAUGGCACACUUUGCAAAUGCAACUACCUCAAUGGAGUAGUCACAAACCAGGUAGACCUCAACCAGACCUACAUAAUGAAUCACUUAUACACCAACCCCAUUUGUAAGGUCGUCAAUUUGGGAACUCUUCUCCAGGAAGACCCCAACUUAACCAGCAGGGAUAUUAAGCAGUUUUACAAAAUGGUGUAUGACCAUUUUGACCUCCUAAUAAAGGCCUAUGCUUCGUUGGUAAGAGACGACAUGUCGAUAGGUGAACACAUCGAUUUGGUUAGUCUCCUUUGUGAUAAGUAUAACCUGGUGGAUGAGGAUACACACCUGAAUGAAGAAAAAAUGGUGAAAAGCUUCUUCCAGUCCGGCCACUUAUUAUCCCAGCACUUUCUUUAUGCACGUCCAACAUGGGUACACACCCAGCAGGAAACCAACCAGGGGAGACAUAACCCAAUUGAUAAUAAAGUCAAUAUUGGUGAAGGUACCAGAUCGGCUCUACAUAGCAGUCACAUAGAUGCACAAACAUGUGGGAUGCAUGACACACCAGGUGAGGCUGUCCAUCCCGUGAGCACCCCGACAUACGAAACACAUAACCUCAUGACGUAUAUCCUUUUCAACAAGGAUCUCUUUCUG